AUGCCUACCCCCGAGUCCGCCGCCUUCCUCGCGAAGAAGCCGACCGUCCCUCCUACCUUUGACGGCGUCGACUACGAUGACACCAAGAGGCUCAAGCAGGCCCAAGACGCCAUCAUCCGGGAGCAAUGGGUUCAGGUCAUGAUGGGCCGGCUAGUCAGGGAGGAGAUGAGCAAAUGCUACUACCGGGAGGGUGUCAACCAUCUGGAGAAGUGCGGUCAUCUGAGAGAACGAUACCUUCAGCUUCUCAAGGACGCCAGAGUCAAGGGUUACCUCUUCGAGCAACAAAACUACAUCUCGAAGGAGUAG